AUGAGCAAUACCAAGGAUAUUUCAUCUUUCUUGAAAGAUAUAUAUACCGUAAUUCAACUUGCAGACUCUGACUCGAAAGUCUUAUCGACACCUAUUCCCAAGUCAUUUUUGGAAGAGAAACCCGAUGAUAUUCUCGACUCAUUCGCUGAACACAUCAAAGAGCAUCCAUUGGACGAUGAAGCAACAACCACGAGUAUCAACCUCAAGAUAGAAAAAAAGGAGUACAAGUCGUUCUAUCAACUUUUCCAUGACAUUAAGAUCUCUAGUUCGAGCUUAAUACAGAAAUAUAAAGUUGGAUCUUCCAUUUACAACCGUAUUGACUUCUUCUACAAGUUCACCACGGAGUUGUUACUUAGAGAAUCAAGUAGACUCAGAUUAUCAUUGAGCACAACUGAAUCUCUGGAGGAAACUGACUUUGAGUCUCAAUUUGCAGAAGAUUUUGACAAGAUUUCAUCGACAUAUUCAUCUGAAAAUGGAGAAGUCAUUUACUUGAUUAACAAGAUUGAUGAUCCUGCUUCAAUUCAGCAACCGAUUCAAAGCAGUUUAUAUCCCCACAACCAACAACAACCGGAGCCUCCUAAACAGAAAAACCAACCUUUAUUCACAUCCUUGACUGGUAAGUCGUCUGUUGACAAGCGCCCUACUUUAAUCCCUGACCCAUACCAAUUGACGCAAGUUGUGCCCAACAGCAGGUUAGCGUACAGAGAAUCAGCUAAGUUGAAUAGUUUGUCACCUCCAAUACUGAAGAUCCCUCCACCUACAAGUCAACCCACCGAAAUGAUGAACAAUUUCUUCCAUCCUAACUGGUAUACUUUGGCAGUUCCUAGUUGGCUUAACUAUCAAGCCGUUAGGAAGCAAAUUCUGAGUGGAGCUACAUCGUUCACGGGAAAGACUACAGAUGAAGUAAGCUCCACUAAGGCAUACAAUUCUUAUGUCAAAUCAUUUGCUCCUACUGUGGAUCUGAGAUCUUCAAUAAUAAGCCAAGACUUCAAAUCAAAUAUUUGGUUGGAACAUAUUGGAUUUGAUGAGAUUAAUGAAAUUAGGGACAGAUUCUUAGAGCUGAAGAAACCAUUGAUUGAAAGUUCCAUAGAAGAUUCAGUGGACAAAAUAACAAGUGAUGAAGAAACAAAAGUUGCCGUAGAAGGUGACGACGAAAUCAAAAAUGAAGAGCCUAUAAACGGAAAGGUGGAAGGUACUGAAUCUGAAAUAAAUGGAAAUACAGCGGGAGAAACUGCUCAGAAGGAAAAUGAGACUGCUACUGAUGCCGAAACUGACGCACCUAAGAUUAGUCUUGAUAACUUGAUCAAUUGGGACCCCUCUAAAAUUGAGCUUCUUGAUGAUUUAAAAGAGGAUGCAGAAAAGAUAAUAGAAUCUCCAAAAUCGUUUCAGAGGCUCAUUUCGGUACAUCUACUCAAGCUAAACAAAUUGCGCCAGCAGAGAUUUGUUGGAAGUAAUCCAUCUCCAAUACCUUCACCUGUGGAGAUCAAGCUUUAUGAGAAAAUAAUGAAGUUGCUUACAUUAUUUAUGAAGAAUAAUAACGUUACCACUAACCAAUUAUCACUUCAAUUUAGCAAACGCUUACCUGUCUUGAUGAACGAAUACGUAGGUUCAUUACCAGGUUCAGUAGUAUCCACAAAGAAUUACACAGGAAAUAUUCCAAAGAAUGCUAGACUUCCAAGUAUCAGGGGUCCAUACAAGAAGAAGAACCGUAUGUAA